CAGGACACUCUCUCUUGUGCUUCACUAGGAGAAACAGCUCUCAGAACAGGAAGCAAAAUAAGAACUAUAUUCAACUUUCUUUAAUUUUCUCCUAAAGGAUUCGUAAAAACUGCACUCCAGUAGUGUGAAUUAUUGCUAAAUAUUACUGAAAACAUUUUGAAUUAGACUUUUUCAAAGCAGUAAACAAGAUGCUUAUGCUAUCGAUGCUAUUUCUGCCUCUACUGACUACUGGCACAAGACUGAAGAAUUCUGAAAAGAAAACAUCUGAUGCAACAAUUUCAGAUGCUAAGAAUGAAAGUUAUGCAUCUCAAAUGCAAAUUCAGGGUACAGGAACAGAGUUUUCAGGCUCAACUGGAAACUCCUGGACUGGAAAACAGGGUGAUUUUGUGCUGCCAAGAGAGAAACACAGAUGGCAGUUAAACAACAAGUGGACACCAGUGAAUUCCCCGGUGCUUGAAAGGGGGGCUGUGCAUUCCCUAGGAGAGGGAAAUGAUAAUACAAGACUUCGAAGAGGGACAAUUGAAGAAGGGCUCUUAGUGCAUUCUCAUUAUGACCCAGUGACAAAGGUAGAAUAUCCUAGACUUAUAAACCCUGCUAAACUGAGGCCAACAUCUUCUCACACUCAUUCUCCAAGGGAAAAGGAAGGUAAACAAUCCUUAGAGAUCCCAAAGUCCGCAGAAGACACACUCAGCAAUCUUGCCAUGGCAUCAGAAAAGAGGAUGCAGAUUCACAACCCACUAUAUCCCGUCACCGAAAGCUCAUACAGUGCUUAUGCAGUAAUGUUUCUCUCUCUGAUCAUAUUCGCUGUGGGCAUCAUUGGAAACUUGUCCGUUAUGUGUAUUGUCUGGCAUAAUUACUACAUGAAAAGUGCUUGGAACUCCAUUCUGGCUAGUCUAGCAUUUUGGGAUUUUAUGGUUCUUUUCUUCUGCUUGCCAAUUGUUAUUUUCAAUGAAAUCACAAAAAAGCGUCUACUUGGUGACCUGUCAUGUCGUAUUGUGCCAUACAUGCAGGUGUCAUCUUUAGGUGUCACCACCUUCAGUCUUUGUGCUCUGGGUAUAGAUCGGUUUCAUUCAGCUACAAGCAUGCAAUCCAAGGUUCGACCUGUUGAGCAAUGUCAGUCUAUUAUAGCCAAGCUAGCUGUCAUCUGGAUUGGGUCAAUGAUCCUAGCCGUGCCAGAGAUUCUCCUAUGGCAGAUAACUGAAGAAACAUCUCCCAUUUCUGGAGCAGCUGCUGAGUACUGUGUUAUGAAACCAUCAUCUAAGCUACCAGAGUCAAUUUUCUCCCUUAUUCUAACCUAUCAAAAUGCAAGAAUGUGGUGGUACUUUGGUUGCUACUUCUGUCUACCUAUCCUCUUCACAAUAAGCUGCCAGCUGGUGACAAGGAGAAUCAGAAAUACAGAGAAGAAAGCAGAUUUCCGUAGUUCUCCAAAGCAUGUUCAGUGUGAAAAACAGCUCAACUGUACUGUGAUGGGCUUAGCCGUCAUCUAUGGCAUCUGUAUCAUUCCUGAAAAUGUUUGUAACAUUGUAAUAGCCUACCUUUCUCCAGAGAUGUCAAAGCAAACCCUGGAACUACUCUAUCUCAUCAAUCAGUUCUUUCUGUUCUUCAAGUCCUCCGUGACACCAGUGCUUCUUUUGUGUCUCUGCAAACCACUAGGCCAGGCCUUCAUGGAUUGCUGCUGUUGCUGUUGUGAUGAAUGCCGGCAGGAUACGUCUUCCAGUGACAGGCCUGAUGGCAAGCUCAGAACUGAGAUGUCAUCUUCUAUCUUCUUUGAUAAGCCUAAAGAAAUAGCAUCACCAAUUAUGGUAAUAGGAACACCUUGUUAACUUGUAUCAGUCAUCAUCCAGAGACAAAAUAUAUAUAUAUAUAUAUAUACAUUUAACAGAAAACUACAGAUAAUAGAAAGAGAGAGAGCGAACAAUGGAGCUUCUAGGCAUAUCACUGUUUUCACAAUGAAAUUUUUCAUUCCUUCCUAAUUUUGCAGACAUAACAGUAACAAAAAUGAUGGUGACAAAAAUUCACACAGUAUGUAUUUUAUUUCUGCUCCAAAAAUACUGCCAGCUAAUAACAUCUUUCAUGUCACAUGUGCUUUUUAAAGAAUUAAACACUGAAAUCAUCAGACAGCUCUCUCUUCUAGAAAUGAAGCAGUUUCCUCUAGAAUAUAAGUAUCAAAGCAUACAUACAUCUAAUGCAAACUAUCUCGGCUUCUCUGGUUUAGCCUAAAAUCAUCUUGUAAAUGAGGAAUUAACUCCUUUGAUACCAUUCACAGUCAUUACCUUCUAUGAAACAGCAAAACGCAACAGAAAUAUUAUUUUCCAAAUCCACAUGUUCAGAUUUGUGACAGAAUGCAAAAAGCAUUUGAUCGGAUUGAUGUCAGCUGCCACUUCUUUCAGUGGCUUUUGAGUGCAACUUUUUCUUUCUUUUUUUACCCCAGAAUUCAAACUACAAAUCUUUAAUGCAAAUUUAUUGUAGCACUUUGAUACGAUAGCAUAACAUAUAUGGAAGAAAUUGUAGUGAAUUCAUUAUUUCAGAAAUAUUAAAAGGAAUACUUUUCAUUGAACCUGA